AUGAAAUAUAUUAAUGAAAUACUACUAAUAUUGUUUACAAUCUUAAUAAACUAUUCUAUUAAUGGAGCUUAUAUUAAAUGCCAUAAUAACCACAUUCGUAACUAUUGUACCAUAAAAAUGGCUGUAACAGAAAGUUGUUUUCAAAAAUUUCUACAAGUGUUACCUGGAAACAUUAAAAGAACAAUUGUUCAAACAUUAUUCGCAAGAGCACCAUUAAGCAUAAGAUUAAUGUUGGUUAAUAAUUAUGUAGAAAAAAAAGUUAAUCAAUUUACAAUGCGAUCAUUUAUGGAUAAAUAUGUUUGGAACAAAAUCUACAGAAAACAUAUAUAUGUUCAAAUUAAAAAUUCCGGAUCUAUUUGUACUAAAAGAAACAAAUUUUGUUUUGAUUGCCGUGAAUAA